CUCCCUCCUCCUUUGGCUGCUCCUCCUCCUCCUCCUCUUCCCUGCACAUCUAUCCCAGUUCUAUGGACAUGGACCGGUGGGGCUUUGAUUUCAUCAAGCUCUUCGGCUUACUGCUUUGCCUCCUGCCCGUUCUCCAGGCAUGUCCCCAAAAUUGUCACUGCCACGGAGGAGACCUCCAGCACGUCAUCUGUGAUAACGUUGGACUGAAAAAGAUCCCUAAAGUAGCUGAGCAAACGAGGCUCCUCAAUCUGCAAAGGAACAACUUCCCUGUCCUGCCAACCAAUGGCUUUAGGGAGAUGAAAAAUCUCGUCUCCCUCCAUCUCCAACAUUCCCACAUCAAGGAGAUCUCCAGCGGAGCCUUCCGGGGCCUGAAGCAACUGGUUUACCUUUAUUUGUCCAAUAACGACAUCAGCAUCAUAAAGGCAGGAGCCUUUGAUGACCUGACAGAGCUCACCUACCUCUACCUAGAUCAUAACAAGAUCUCCGACCUGCCCAAGGGGGUACUCUCCCCACUGAUUAACCUUUUCAUCCUGCAGCUGGGAAACAACAAGCUCCGAGAAUUGAGAGCAGGAGCCUUCCAUGGUACUAAGGACCUUCGCUGGCUUUACCUCUCAGAUAAUUCCAUCUCCUCCAUCCAGCCAGGGGCUCUGGAUGACGUGGAAAACCUAGCUAUCUUCCACUUGGAUAAGAACCAACUGAGCAGCUACCCACAGGCUGCAAUGAGCAAACUAAGGGUGGUGGAGGACCUGAAGCUCUCCCACAACCCCAUAAAGGUCAUCCCAGAUUUUGCCUUCCAGUCUUUUGGACGCUACAUGGAGACCCUCAGCCUGGAAAACAUGAACCUUGAAAAGUUUUCAGAUAAAGCAUUUGCUGGUGUAACCACAUUGAAGACUGUUCACAUAGAGAACAAUAAACUUCACAAUCUUCCUAGGAGCUUCCCAUUCAGUGCUCUUCAGACACUCACCCUGUCUAACAACCCCUGGCAUUGCUCCUGUCAGCUAGCACCCCUGCGCAGGUGGCUGGAAUCCACUCGCUCACGCCCUGAUGCAGCUUGUGCAGCACCUUCUGCAGCUCGAGGACAGCAGGUUCGAGACACUGCUGCACUCCGCAGUUGCAGGCUCCCCACUAAGAGGUCCAAGAAGGGAAGUCGCCAUUAAACAGGACCCAGGAAAGCUAGUCCAGGUGACUGGCCGCUUUAACCAAUCAGAAAACUACUGAGUUCGUCCAAGCCCUUCAUCCCUAAGCAUCUCCUUCUUUCCCUCCGAGAAACAUAUAUCCAGUCAUAUCCAUCUCCUGCCAAAUGCAGAUGUCAGGAUGGAAUCCACCAUUCAAUUUCUUUUCCUGAUAUUAUAUGUAUUAUAACUUAUGCAUGACAAUGCUAAGACAAGCUAAACUAGAUCCUGCUGGUAAACUACAGUCAUCUUUCUAGACCUAAUUCAGGUCAUUCACUUUAUCCUCAGGUUUUGCAUUCCCACUUUAUGUAAACAAACAACAAACAAAAAAAUGUUUUCCAUAUUGCCCACCACGCAAAUUGCAUUAGAAAUUCAAAAUUCUCCAGCACUAAAUCUUCAGGCAUACAUAUUAGAAAAUUUAAUGUGUGUUAUAUUUCUGAGUGCAAAGGUUGUCAAGAUUUGAAUUUCUCAAUGAGGGGCUGUAGUGAUUGUUAGCAUGGGAGAAACAAGGAAGUGCAGAUGCUGGAGAAACUAUUGAGAAGACGUGGAUGGAGGGAGAAGAAGGGUCAGAGAACUAGAGCUCAAGCUAGUUUAAAAGCAGAGGAAAUGGCUUCUACGGUGAUGUGGAAGGUGGUUCCUCAUGAACAGGAAGCUGGAGAAUCACUGCCCUGGGGAAAUACGACAUUACCAACUGUGCAUGUAUAGAACAAGGAAGAGAAAGAUUAUCCCUAACACCCUGGAAAAUCACCACCAUCUUAGAUCCAUAAAAUCAUAACAGGAAGCAGCAAGAUGACUGCGAUUUAUCAUAACGGAUUUAGAAGUACCACAAUUUCAAUUUAACUGCAUUUUUUAAUCCUGAAAGUUUAUCUAAAUAUAUAAUAUUUAUUCUUGCAACUGAGUGUAAAUGACUCCUAGGGGGAUUUUUAAAAAAGCAAGCAAAGACGUCCUCCUAUUCUUAUGUAGAAAACAAAUUGUAUAUUUUCUUAUGUAUAACUUCUGUAUAAAGCUCUUGCUGCAAAGAUGAA